AUGAACUUCCUCAAACUCGUAUACAGCUUAUUCUUUCUCCUUGCAUUUAGCACAGCAAAGACUACAUCGUCGUCUUCGUCGUCAUCAACAAUAGCUACUACAACAACCAAAUCGUCACAAAGUAAUACAUCGGUAUGGGUAACGGGGACUGAUGCCAGUGGAAUAACCCGUACAACGCAAAGUAUAUAUUACCAAAGCUUCAAAAGUGCGUAUACAGAAGCUGAAGAAACAUAUUCAUCGGCAUCAAUUGGACUUGGUAGUAUUUCCGGCGUUGUGGGCCACAUCCGUACCUACGAUAGAACUACUAUCUCACUGGCAGGUGCAGCGGGUGCAGCAGGUGACGAUGGUUUUGCUGUUGGUCGUAGUUUCAUUGCAUUGAAUGGACUUUUCUCGUUGAUUUACAUACUUCUUUAA